AUGAAAUUAUCCACCACUUUUCUUAUUUCUGCAUUUGCAGCCAACUUUGCCAAUGCCGCUCCAAUACCUGCUAAUGAGACCGAAACUAUUGAAAUUCCAACUGCAGCAAUUCUUGACCAAUUUUAUCUCCCAAGUGAUGUUAUUCCAGUUCUUUCCAGCGAAGAUGGAUACACACAGAUUACCUUCGUCAACGCUACAAUUGCUGAUGAAGAAGUUGCCGAUGUUUCGAAAAGAUCGGAUGGUGAUGAGUUUGAAAAAAGGUCCGUUCAUUGGUUGCUCACCAUGCCACAUCAACCUAUCUUGAAGAGAUCUGUUCACUGGUUACUUACUAUGCCACAUCAACCUAUCUUGAAGAGAGAAGCUGAUGAAAGUGAUGAAGCAUUUGAAAAGAGAUCUGUUCAUUGGUUACUUACUAUGCCACAUCAACCUAUCUUAAAGAGAGGAGUUGAUGAAAGUGAUGAAGCCUUUGAAAAGAGAUCUGUUCACUGGUUACUUACUAUGCCACAUCAACCUAUCUUGAAGAGAGAAGUUGAUGAAAGUGAUGAAGCAUUUGAAAAGAGAUCUGUUCAUUGGUUACUUACUAUGCCACACCAACCAAUUUUAUAA